AUGCCGACGGCUCCGCGUAGAAAACAAGCCAAACCUCAGCGUCUGCCAGUGGAAGGUGAGUGAUUGUUUUGCAUCAGCCCCAUCACACAUUACAUUGUAAUACGCAGGCCUCCCUUUCCAUCAGGAUUAAUCUCUUUAAUAGUGUUGAUGUUCUUUAUAACGACCUCUCCCGUAUUAUAAUUAUGUGUAUAUAGUAGUCCUAAUGGCUUUUUAUCAUAUUGAAUAUUCAGUCUCUUUGUCAUCCCAUCCAUUAGGCUGUUGUCGCCGAUCAGAAGAUGUCGCGCGAGGAUGGCCAUACUCUCUUUUGUGGCCGCUUCCGACAAAAACGGGGGCCUUUCCUUGGCACCGGAACUUGAAUGCCAUCGAAACGCUUCAAACGGAACGAUCGCCGUUCCGGCAUUUUCCUUGAGCGACGCCGACUUUUUCUGGAAUUUUUAUUUUGCGGCGCGCCCUUAAAAUUAAAUUCUUGGCCGAAAAAAAGGGAAAAGGAAAAGAUGAGCGGCUUCUUGGAGACGAGGGAGUGAAACUCCAGAUGGGUGUUGCUUUCUCUCCGUUCGCCCAACACAUGAACUUAUUAUCACCCAUCCGGAUCAGGCGGUACUUCAAAGGCCUCAUAUUUUAACGCCAGGUGCCACUCCUCAGGCGCGCGACUCAUAACCGGCCUUGAGACUCAUAAUCCAACCAACGGCCGUUUUCGUCAAGGCCAUCCUUGUUUUUUUCGAAACAAGUUUUGCGCCAAACCCUCGACCCUUUCCAUUUUGUGUUUCCCUCGUGAAAAGUAAGGGAAUUAUGAUUUCUCAGCCCCAAAUCAAUCAUUUCCCUAAAGUGUUUCACUGAAAAAGUACAGAAACGAAGAAUCCAAUAGGCAUCGAAAAACACAGGAGGAUUGGGACUAUUUUAAGAACCUUUUGAGGGUGGAAAUGGUUGCGCCCAAAAAAAAGACAUCAAUUGGCCGAAAGGAAUACGGUAAUAAGCGCGAGAAGGGACGAUUGGCCGAGGAGGACCUCGCAUAUGAAUAUGAAGGGGAAUAUGAAGAGAAGGGAAAGGAAGAGAGCGCGUCCAGGUCUUUAUUGCUUUGUCUCCUUCAUCUCCUUCACCCGCAACAAACUGAACGGAUUGCGCAACCAAAUGUUGCGCAACAUGUUACCGAAUGAUGACUUGACUGUUCGCUCUUGACGAUCCCGAGAACGGUGUGCGCGCCUCGAACGUCCUGAUGCCCUGCGGCGUUUGCUCUCCCGUCGCUGGUCGGUCUCUAAUUCCUGGCGUCGCUCGUCAAUUUCUGCCUGAAUUCACCCGCUUCCAAAUAUUAAUUUGAUUGACAUUAACUCGGAUCGGAGCCCUUUAACUAAACGCCUUUAUUGCGACAAAACGAGCGACGACAAACCGUUCGUCCUGACGUUUCACGGCGGCUCGUUCUCUUCUGACUUUUUAUGCCCCGGGUUAUGUUCUACAGUCACCGUAAAUCAUGCACUUGCGCGGCUUCAAAGAGGUGACGCCGAAAAUGAGAAAAUUUAUGGGAAAACCCGAGUGAUAAGAUGGAAUUCGGAAAAGAGUAACGACGAAAGUAACGUAAUUACGCAGCGAUUACACAAAGACAAAACUAAUGCAGCGCACAUUUCUUACAGUACUGGUUAUGGGACCUUUGAUACCGACAUGUUUCCUUUAAUUAGGAUCAUUUUGCGAGCCUACAAAACCUUAAAUAAGGCCUUGUAAGGAACUUGUUUGAGUAGCCACAUGACAUCCCAUGCCCUCGAAUGUCGUGCCAUCUCUAUAUUUGGAAAUGAUUUCCUCAUUUUUCAUUUCGGACCGCGCAUUCGGCUUCAUUAAACGUUUUUGUUCCCUCAAAAAUGACAUUAUUAAUUGCGCAGGGCCAGAAUUCCAUCGAAAAACAUUAAAUUUCAAAAAGCGGCACUUCCUUUUCGCCCUUCUUUAAUGAUCCAGGAAACGCCGAGUAGUUGAAAUAAGAAUUAAGAGACAAAACGAGGACUUAACGCGGGGUUCCAGUAAUGAGACAGCCGUUUCGCAUCGGGAAAGAAGCUUCAAGUUGAGGUGGGAUUGCAUUAGGAACACUAAAAACAGACUCAACCCUUCUUAUUUCAUCUUAAUAAUUACAAUUAUCUCAAAUUAACUUCUCAUCUAACUACCUCGAUAAUAUUCCUGAUCACACAAAAAUUUGCGUGGAUAAGAAACAAAUUCGAAUUCCGAUGAUGAUUUGUCCCGUGAUCGUAUACUAGAUUAUUAUGGGGAAUAUGAAUCAAACGGAAAGCAAAAUUAAUUUGAAAAAUUAGAGAAUUGGCCAGGAAAGGGCCAGAAAAGGGAUGGGGAAGGAGUACUGUCCGCCUCUCCUUUACUGUUUAUUCCCUGCCCCCUUCGUUUUAAACAAUCUCAGCGGUUUCUGAUUUGGCCGGCUCCUCUGGGCCGGCGUUUUGUACAUUGCCCCCACUUCUACUUAACUCUCCCAUUACUUUUCAAUCCUUUUGAGACCGCAAAAAGAUUUGGUUCAAUUUGUUGUGCCCUUAAUUGUCUCGAGACCAGGGUCUGCAUACUGUAAUGUCGAGAAACACCUGGCUGCACUUUUUGCUCUUUUUGGUUGAAUAGCUUAUUAAACGGCAUUUUCAGAAAGCGACGAAGAAGUGCCCAGCAAGAAAGAGUGCCAUCGUUCCUCCACCCCCCUAGGCUUUCAACAUUCCUUCAACUCCAGUCUGGAUUCGACGCUGGAAUCUCGGUUGUUUGGGUCCAAGGUGAGAUUAUGGGAAUAUCUGAGUGGUCGGGGAGAUAAUCCCCUAAGGGGAUCUAUGAUUUUAUUACUUUCAGUUCGAUCCUCAGGGCCCGGACAACGGCCCGGCGCUGGAUUUGAGUUUGUCUGGAGGCGCGGAUUCCAAAAAUCCCUCUGCUUCGCUGAGCGAUCUGCUGCGACUCACGGACAAUCCCUCAGGAAACUUCCUAUUACAAACACUAAGUCCACAGGUAAGUAUCCCUGUGGUUUAUGUAAUUUCCCCAAAAAAUAUACAGUAAGAAUUAUUUAGUAACAAAGUAGGCCCUUGGGUUGCCCCAUUGUUUGUGCAGUUGAUUUGCGGUAAUUUGUGUCAGCAUGUUCUCCCACAUCUGGCAGUACCGUAGUUUUUUUGGUUAUUCUCUGUUUCCCUGGAGCCUCUGCUGGGUGCACAAGCUGUGUCUCUGAAUGCACCCGUUCCAUAUUUCUGAUUCGGAAAUAUCACGGAGACAAAGGCCAUAAAAACUGAUCCGUCGGACCCUUCGCAUCCGUCUUUUUUAAGCGAAAUCAACACAAAAAUUGUCAAAUGUCUUUUUUUAAUGGGAGCGAAGGAGAGAGGAGGGGUGUACUGUGCCGUUUAUUACUCACGCACCCGUUCUUCCAUCCAUUCUGACUCAUAUUCGAAAACAGGACCCUCCUAAUUAAGGCGCCGUUUGAUCAGAGAUUUCUGUGCCCUGGGGGGAGGGAAGGGGCAAUUCAAAGAAUCCGAACCGCGCUAUUAAUGCGCGUGAAGAGUGUGACAUAUUCUGGCCACAAAAGCCUGCGGGGCGUAUUAAAGAAUUCUUUUAAUUAAACAUUUAUAAGCCAGACACCCGCUCGGGGCCACUAAAUAUGUCUCCGGCGUUAUAUAAACCGCGAUAAACGAUUGCGCCGACACUUUUAAUGAGUUUCCCUAAUGCCGCGCGCCCAAAACAAACCCGAAUAAUGAUUCAGCGGCCCGAAUGGAGAACAAAUCGUUGCUGAAUUGUAGCAGAAAUUAACAAAAAAGAGUCCUGCAAAAAGGCUUACAUUAUCUUUUUAGCAAUUACUUCAAUUCUACACUGCCGUGGGGUCUUCUCAACCAGCGACCCUUGAACAGGAUGAAGAAGAAGAAGAUGAGAUCGAGGAAAGAAACAAGGGCCUCUCCUGUCUCUUGUCCCCUCCCAACUCUUCCAAUGAGGAAAGUCGGAAUCUCUCCGCAACUUCGUCUUCCUCCACCUCCUCUUGUCCUGUCCCGGAAUGUUCUCAACAAUCCCGGUCUACUGCUUCAGCUUUACUUCACAUCUCCAACUGUCAUAAAGAUCAAAGAUUUAUCGAAUGUAAUGAUUGCCGGGAGAGAUUCCCUUCCCUCCGACAUCUGAACGGCCAUAAAUGCCGGAAGGAUAUUCGAUCUGAGAGUGUUCCCGUGAAUGAAUACACUCAUAUUGAGGGAACAGUUCGGUCAGCGAGUGUUCCCAAUAUCAGUCAGCAAUGGCCAACAAUUGGGACCUCGAAGGAAGAGAUGCAAGAGGAAGAAAUGGCUUCAGAAAUGCCUGAUCGACCUCCGGUGUUGAUGAACGAGAACUCGAGCAAUGAGAAGAGUGAGGGGACGCCGAAGCGCAGUCUGUUCGACUUUUCAUUAAAUGGCCUUAUGCCCAUGGGAUUCGGGAAAUCCGGUAAGUAAACGAUGACGUUGCUGGUAUGCCCUCCAACAAUUGUAUCAUGUUCCCCUUUUAGGCCUCUCCUCCUUCCCGCAGCCUCUCUUCCCUCCUCAAAUCCCCAAUUUUGUUCCUCCCUCAGCAUCAACUCCUCCAAGAUCUGGAAAUCGUGCUGGAUCAGCACAACCAAUGCUGAUAUCUGAUGAUGAUUGGGAGUCGAUGAUGGAAAUCAGUAAUAUUGAUGAGAAUGAGAAGAUUAGACAGCUGGUUGGAGACAAGGCUCUUCCAACCACCGACCCGAAUCAAUGCUUGCUUUGUCGUCGUAUCUUGUCUUGCAAAAGCGCCCUUCAAAUGCAUUACCGUACUCAUACCGGUUAGUUUAAUACUGUUAAGUAAUUAUUACACAACACACUGAUAUUGAAUCAUCUUAAUUAUUGCUUUAGGAGAACGACCCUUCAAGUGUAAAAUCUGCCAACGUGCAUUCACAACGAAAGGGAAUCUGAAAACUCAUAUGGGAGUUCAUCGAGCCAAACACGCAGUCCGACCCCCAGGGCAAUCCAUCCCUUCGCUCAACUUCCAGUGUCCAAUCUGUCAAAAGCGAUUCUUCUCUUCGCCGCAUCUCCAAUCUCAUGUUCAAGAACAUAUGAAUGGGUAAGGACAUAGGUUCAAUUAAAUUAUUCUUGAAUUAUUGCAGCGCGCGGAUUCAAAACAGUGCCCCACCAUCGUUAUCGCAAUUCUUGGCAGACCGUACCCCCGAGCUACCAAAAUCGGAUGAGAAUGAGGCCAACAUGAUGUCCAAUCCAUUCUUCCAAGCCUCAAAUUUAGGAUUUCUUCCUACAAACUUAUUCAAUCUUGGCCUUCCAAUGAUGCCAUUUCACAAUCCGAUGAAUUCGGAAAGCCAACGGCAGACCGAAUCAGUAGAGAAUACUUCAGCUGAAACCAACGGAAUGCCUGAUCUUGAAGUCGACGAUGAGUCUAAACGAGAGAACCCAGUUCAAUCCGAUUCUAAUUUGAUGACGGAGGAGAAUCAAACUCCUUCUUUCGCUCAGUUAGUAAAAGAAAGAAGUCCUGAGUUCCAAAAACCUGUAUUCGAAACAGAACGGAAGGAGGAGGAACAUUCAGUGUGUACUACAAUAUCAAGAGAAAGUUCUCAAGGCCCAUCCACAGAGAUUAAGCCAGAGAAAUCUAAAAUAGAACAGGAUCCCUUACAGGCGAUGCAAAUGAUGUAUGCAUCUGCUGAGCCCUCUCCCCCGGUCAGACCUCCGAUCCAGCUCUCCAAGCAUCAAUGCGGUGUAUGUUUCAAGCACUUCAGUUCUUCUUCUGCUCUUCAGAUUCAUAUGAGGACACACACCGGUAAGUUUUUUCGAAUGCUUAAAAUUUUUGAAACUUGUUGAUGCCCACCAAUCCUCAUUUUCAGGUGACAAGCCUUUUAAAUGCGAAGUUUGUGGCCGUGCAUUCACAACUAGAGGCAAUCUAAAAGUUCAUAUGGGAACCCACUCCUCUCAGAUCAGUCCUUCCCGCCGCGGACGGCGGAUAUUUGAUUAUGGGGCUGAAACUGUGAUGCGGAAUCCCUUUGGCCCUCUUGGUGGUGUCGGUAUGCCUCAGGCACCCCCACUGGGGCUGCCCGUAUUAGCCAGUCUUCAGCCCCUCUUCUCAGCCAUGGCUGCAGCUAACAAUGGAAGCAAUGAAGGUCCCGUCAACCUCUUCCAAAUGCUCUCCACAGUCUGUACAAUAUGUAAGAAGAUCUGUGGCUCGAUGGGCGAACUCCACGACCAUAUCCAGAAGGAUCACGGCGACGGUGAAAUCGAAUCGGCGACCGCAUAA